GGAGACAUGCAGCAGGUCAAACGGCUCAUCGAAAACGGCGUCGACCCCAACCUGGGCGAUUAUGACUUCAGGACAGCCCUGCAUGCCGCCAGCACUUCUGGACACGACAAGGUGGUAGAGUACCUGCUGAGCCAGAAGGCCAACCCGAACCCAGCAGACAGGUGGAAGGGAACUCCUCUGCAGGACGCGCUGCUGAACGGGAACGCGCUGGUGGCGGCUCUGCUCAAG